UCAUACCUCUAUGUUGAAUCCCCGUCAAGUCCUAAUCCACCUUCACAAAAGGAAUGACGAAAAUGAUGAAGAGUUGCAACGCAACGCGCGGUGACUAUAUCCGAGGAGGCAGACUGGCCAGUACGCUGUCCGUCGUAAACGCACGUUUGCUAGCACAAUAAUGCUCAACAAGGUGAGACUUCGCUGAUCUGUCAAUAUAAUCCGUGGUUACUGUCGCUAUCGGAAGAGGCAUGGCUGAGUCGUGGGCUCUUAUGAUGACAUUGACUGGCACGAAGGACAAAAGGUCAAAGAUCAAACAGGGUCAAAGCUACGCGAACUAUCUGCACGUGGGCCCAGGCCAAAGAUUUUUGUCUUGUGCCACCAUUCCCGGCCUCAAAAGCUUUCUCUUGACCCUUUACUACCACUGUACUUUUCCCCCAUGCUUGCUGUAUCCCCUGUAGAGCCACCGUGCAAGACACCGCCUCCUCAGAAACGCAAGGCCGAAACAACGUCGUACACCUCGGCAAAGAAGCUCACGAAGAAGAUACGAAUGAGUCCCCUACAGGUGCAGAAGGCAGCGCUUCAUGCGGAAAUGACGCGAAUUAUAGCGUUGGGGAGUACAAUCGGCAAAGCUGGCAUCCUGCAGCUCCUUACCGAGAAGUACCGCGGGUUCAAUGCAGGCCGUGGACCGUGUCGUCUCCCGCGAGAUGUACUCUCGAAGAUCUUCACCUUUUAUGUCGAUGCCACUAGGGGCCUUCCCAGGAAAGUCAAUUCACCUCCGAUGGAGUACUCUUGGAUGGCCGUUUCUCAAGUCUGCCACCUUUGGCGAAUUGCCGCUCUUAAAACUCCUGCGAUCUGGACGAAUAUCUCUAUACCACCUGCUAAUGAUAUACUAGUGAAUGAACAGCUUGACCGGUCCGAGGACGCGUCUUUACGCAUUGAGAUAGCACUCUCGCCCAAAACAAUCACAUCUUGGGUCGCAAUUCUCUGCGCGCGAUGGCGAUGGCGCGAAAUGACUCUCGAUCUUACUCUCUGCCCACCGAUCACUUCUCCCCUUGCUGGAUGGAAACAUUGCGGCGUUCAAGUGUUGACGCUCAGAAGUCGCCAGAUGCAGCCCUUGCCCAUCGUCAUGGAUAUGCAGGAAGGCGAUAUUGCUCAUCUACAUACCCUCUCGAUCAUGAACCUUCGUGUUCCAUGCACUCAUCCCAUGUUCCGCUCAUCACUGACUACGCUCAAGAUCACCUGCUCGACGUACGGCCACUUGAGUACCACCCCACUUGAAGACAUGAUUUCUGAACUAGGACGCAUGCCUAAUCUGGAGCAUCUCUCCAUCGAGAAGUUGAUUGGGAUACCGGAAGACCUUCUAGGACAAACUGUUGCUGAACUGAGCCGACUGUCAACAUUCUACAUCCUCGACACACCGACGGGCAUCAUCGGUCUAUUGGAUCAUAUGACAUUCCCUUCCACAACGGUGGUUCGACUCAUGCUGGAUCUCAGUGAGCUUUGUGACGAGGAACCCUCUAAGUUGGGCCAGGCAAUUGUCUCGCGAUUGAACGUUAUCCGGUCACAACAAGAGCCUGAGGCAGGCCCUGUCUGUUUUCCUAGUGCUCAGUUGCAACAGUUCAAUGCCUCAAUAUCCGACAUAACUAUUUCUCUCCACGCAUACGCUGUGCCUUCAUCCUUAUACCCUUUCUCGCUCCAAAUUCCUAUCUUCACGAUUGGUAUCCAGGGAACACGACCCGUUCUGCGUGAAACAGGGCAGAGUGGAGGAUUCGCAGACUUCAUCACGCAAUUCCCUCUUUCGUCGAUUCGGACAUUCCAGAUGUCCGUUCCUCUCUGGAAGGACGGUUCCGCUAUGGUCUGGAUACCUAUGUUACAACGCAUGGACAAGUUGGACAAAUUGAUCGUCUUCGGAACCGAAUGCGUUGGGUCAUUUCCGGGUAUUCUCAGCUGUUGGAAAAUGAAUUCCCCCUCCUACCAGAUAGAGGGCCAUGAGGAUAUACAUCCUUUCCAAGGUCUUCGCAAACUCCAAUUCAUGCAAGCAACAGUUACGACGUCUACCCUGGAAUCGCUAGAAAGUGCAUUUCGAUCACUGCAGUACUAUCCCCUUCGCAUGAAAAGAUUUAUCCUAGAAGGAUGUGAAUUCGAGGAUGAAAACUACGCUGGUCUCGUUCCUGCCAUUGAAGCCAUAAAAGAGGCAUGUGGUGUUGACGAGCAUGAUAUACGGACGAGAGAAGGUUAUAAUCUUUACGUCUUUACCUUCAACACCCCGUGAGGAUCCUUUCUGUACCGUAUUUAUGUUAUCCAAAUAUAGCCGUAUUCAAUUCUCGU